AUGUAUUCACUUGCACUGUUUUCACUUCUCCUAUUAUUAAAUAACGAAAUUAAUGCUAGCAUUGAAUCACCUGCAACUUACCCACAAUCGGCAUUAUCACACUGCUCAAUCGACAAUUACUCAAGUUGGUUGGAACAAAAAGAAUCUUUAGCAUUUUUUUUACAGUUUGCUCGCUUUUUGGCUCUUGAUACCAAAAGAAUUGAACGAGAGAUUUCAAUAUAUGAUUUACAAGAUCGAUGUUUAAAACAAUUUGAAACACCGCCACCGACCAUUGUAAAAGAAUAA